AAAUAAGCUUCCUCUAAUGUUCUCAUGUUGUCUGCCACCAACUGUCUCUUCUCCUCCUCCUCCUUUCCCUGGGGAUUUCAUAUGAUCAACUAUGCCUAUCCAGCUCUUGAAGCAACAAAUCUAAUAAAGGUUGGAAACUCAUCUUUUGCACAAUUCUUUUGCGCAAGUGGCUACCAGCAUUCAUGGAUCCAUUGAAAAGAACCACAACGAAGACGGUGAAACCUAAGCAGCGGUUACUGAAGGAUGUCACUGGUACUUUAUUUUUCUCAGUUUUUACUGCAGUGCUGGGUUUUUUCCAGUAUGGCUAUUGUAUUGGAGUCAUCAAUGCUCCACAGCAGAUCAUAAUGACCCACUAUGCAAAGGUCCUGAACAUUCAAAGUACUAAAGAUCCAUCUGGCGCUUUUUUGAUUGAUGAGGUAUUGAAAGACCCAACACUCAUGAUGCUUUGGUCCUUGUCUGUGUCUAUGUUUGCUGUUGGAGGAAUGGUUUCCUCCUUCACUGUGGGCUGGAUUGGAGAAAAGAUGCCAAGAGUAAGAGCCAUGCUACUGGUGAAUGUCCUUGCGGUCUCUGGGAAUAUACUUUUUGCAGUGGCAAAAUUUGGUCCUUCCCACAUCCUGAUAAUUAUUGGAAGAAUCUUGACAGGCUUGCAUGGUGGACUCUCAUCUGGACUUGCUCCACUGUAUGUUGGAGAGAUAGCCCCUGUUGCUCUCCGUGGAGCUCUGGGAUCCCUGAAUCAGCUGGCUGUUGUUAUAGGUAUUCUCAUCAGCCAGGUUCUUGGAUUGGACAUCUUGCUGGGCAGGCAGGAAACUUGGCCAAUACUUCUGUGCCUGUCAGGUUGUGCAGCUGUCUUACAGAUUUUCCUGCUCCUAGUUUGUCCAGAGAGUCCUAGAUACAUGUACAUAAAAUGUGGAGAUGUUGAGGGAGCUCAAAAAAAUUUAAAAAGGCUGAGAGGAGAAAACUAUGAUUUCACCAAAGAACUUGAAGAGAUGGAGAAAGAAAAAGAAGAAGCAUCAAAAGAAAAACCUGUCUCCAUUUGGCAGCUGGUGACCACUGCGACCUACCGCCAGCCAUUCCUGGUGGCCAUAGGAGUUCAUAUUUCUCAGCAGUUUUCUGGGAUUAAUGCUAUUUUCUACUACUCUACUGAUAUUUUUAACAAAGCUCGUGUCAGCAAGCCUGUUUAUGCAACUAUAGGAGUGGGCUUUGUGAACACCGUGUUCACUGUUGUUGCUGUUUUUCUGGUGGAGAAAGCAGGGAGACGGUCCCUCUUUAUGGCUGGUCUCUUAGGCAUGAUGGUGUGUACCAUAACAAUGACGAUUGGGCUUGUACUUCAGCCCAAGCAUGAAUGGAUGAGCUACCUCAGCUUGGUUUCUGUCUUCCUCUUUGUGUCUUUUUUUGAAAUUGGGCCAGGACCGAUUCCCUGGUUCAUUGUUGCAGAGUUAUUCAGUCAAGGUCCUCGCCCAGCAGCUGUUGCAAUAGCUGGUUUUAGCAACUGGUUCACCAAUUUCUGCAUUGGAAUGUUCUUCCCAUACGUGGCCAAAGUAUGUGGCCCCUAUGUCUUUCUGAUCUUUUCUGGCCUCCUCGCCCUUUUCGUUAUAUUUGUUUACCUUAAAGUGCCAGAAACCAAAGGCAAGUCCUUUGAAGAAAUUACAGAAGAGUUCCGCCGCCGAGGCAAGAAAGAUGUUGGGGGACCUACUGAAAUGGAGUAUCUGGGAGCCAGCCAAGAGGCUUAGAAGCAUUGUUGCAGGAGGAAGACUUGAAAACAGCAUGUUAGAAGCUCUGGAAAAAGCAGGUUUUAAAAAUGUAAAUGUGUGGAAAAUUAUACUGGUAGGUCAAAUCUGU